AUGGGACAGGUGCCACCACCACCGACCACCUCUCCUGUCCGGCCGGCCGGCUCCCCCGGCGGGGACUUCUUCCCCAGCGGAGGGGAUUUCUCGUUUCCCUGCGGUGCGAGCCCGUCUGGGGAGCGGAGGCUGCGGGCGGAGUUUCCCCGGCUUGGGGCUCCCUGCGAGGCCGGGUCUCCGCCUCCGCGCCCUCCCCUUAUAGCCGGGCUGCCCCGGGGCUCCGCAGCCAGCGCCACCGCCGCCCUCGUCGUCCUCGCCGUGGUGCCCGGGAGCCGCAGCAGAGCUAGAAGGAAAAUGAUGAAAAUGUUACCUUUUUCCCAAAGUGGUCCCAUUGGAAUACGCAAUGGAUCAGCAGGUUGCAUCAAUGUAAAUGGGCAGCUGGAAAACCCUGCAACAUCAGUAGCUGAGCAAGUCCCUGCCUGCCCUGGUUCUUCUGGAGACGAGAUCUGGUCCAGGAACCAGGAGAAGAUGAGUGAAAGGCCAGAGGCAGCUGGCAGAACUUCGCGGGCGUCUUCCAUCACGAGCACUGGGAGCUGCACCUCUGCUGGGGACAGCCUGGAGAAGGGGAAGAAAGGAAUCAAGGGAAUGUUUACGACUGCAUUUAAGAAGAUGAUAAAGACCAGGACACCCAGCAUCAAACAAAUCAUGGAUCUCCUUGAAAAGCACAAGCUUUGUGAUGCUGCCCUACAUCUGAUUGCCCUGGAGAAGAGCAUAUCUAGCAAAAGCGAGGAGCGACUAAACACCAGGCAACAAGACAUCGAGUCCAUCAGCGAAAUCCUGAAACACAAAGUCUUCAGCAUCUUGAAAGACUCUGUACUUCUAGCAAGAACAAACCCAGAACUGCUGCAGCAAGCAGUAGAGGUACUGAAAGAACAGGAGAAAGAAGAUCAGAAUUGCCUGUCGGAGAAUUUGCCUGACCAAAAUGUGCAAUUUAGACCCAGAAAAUGGAAAGAGCUUUGGAUGGCUACAGUGAAGGAGUCAGUAGAGGCUCGAAUGAAAGACACAAGUCAUACUCCCAGAACUGAGAACCUCUCUUCAGUUGGCCAAAACCUCCUGCACAUGGGGAAGACGAUGAAGGAAGAUUUGACAGUAGUUGCAAAAUGCAUUAGACAGCUUUAUCCCCCUGAGUUUAACGUGUUCAGUACAUAUGCAGAACUCUAUCACCAUCAUUUUGCCUCCGAGGCAAAAAAAGCAGCUGAGUCCCAGCUGGAAGACAAGGAUGUCUACCUUCUCCUCUCAUGGGUGCACAACAUUUACCCAAAAGAUAUGAGGAAAGAUCCUGUUUUAGCAGAGGAGAUGGAAAAAGUUAAGCUUGGAAGCCUUUUGCCAUCAAGCCUGAGCAAAGAGCUUGAAAGGAAAUACCUUGAGAGUGAAGAGGCAACCAUCAAAAAUUCACUGAACAAAUGUUUAGAAAAGGAAAUCGAAAGAUGGAAAGAAGACAAAGAGCCAGAGAAACUAAAUGGGCAUUUUCAGAGUGAACUACUAGCAAUAUUUGUUAUCCAGAGCAUCUACAACGGCCAGAAGCGAGCCAAGGAGGUCAGCACAGCGCUGGGUGACGAGCUGUCACAUCGGCUGUCGAGGGAGCUGGCUGCCCUCCUGAGAAGCUACAAGGACGCUUUUGAAGACUUUAAGGAGAAAGGCAAGAAGCACAGACACUACAGGCCGAUUCUGAUUGCAAACAUUAACAACUGCGGGAAUUUCAGAGACUACACAGAGAAAAACAUGGCAGAAAAGGACGACAACAAGGACAGGAUCCUUAGCACCCUCAGGGACAUCGAGACCAGCGGCUGUGACGUCCUGCUUCAGCAGCUGUUUGUCCAGCUGAAGCCAAUUUAUAAGAAGUUUACAGAAAACAAGUGGGACUGCAGCAAUAAAAUUAUGAAUGAGAUCAUUAAUACCACCAGCAACCACAUUUCAGAGUUACGGACCCUGAAGGACCCUUUUUACAAUGCCGUCGUUGAGAAGAUCCAUGUCCGCUUGGUGAAAGAUUACGUCGUGAGGCUGCUGAAGAGGAAGGUCAGCCUGAAAAGUGCAGCGCAACAGCAAAACCUGGCCCAAAGCAUCUCUGUGAAUGCUGCCGAACUGGAAGCCUUCUGCACCAAAAAUGGGUCUCAAGCCACCUGGCUGAAUUCAGCACUCCCAAAACUGGCUGAAAUCAUCCGGCUUCAGGAUAUAGGCGCUAUUAAAAUUGAAGUUGCGACGCUCGCCACGGCAUACCCAGAUAUCCGCAGAAGGCACCUGGAAGCUUUCCUGUAUAUCAAAGCCAAUUUGUCGCGGGGAGAACUCAGAAGCAUCCUGGGCUACCUGGCAGACAGCACAGUGUCCACACCGCCCAGCAACCCGCUCUUCUCCAGCAUAAACCUGUCCUAGGUCGGGGCACCCCUCAGCACCCCGUGCACUGAGCUGUGGGCAAAGCCAGUGACUGUCCCCUGCAGCAAUGCUCUGCAGGGCUCCGCCUUCUCCUACGGCAAGUACUUUGUCCUGGUCUGGUGCUCAGUGUCUCUGUGGGAAGCACCAUCCACUGUGCGCGGCCAUGGAAGGAAAGGUGCCCAAAAAAAGACCAAGGAUGCUCCUCGCACCAGAAACGGACACCCUCCGAGGUGUCACCAUGUUCUCUGCCCAGACACUGCCCUGGUGCUCCGACCUCUGCCUACCUCACUGGGUACCGUGAAGGCCACGUCACUGACUUCCCAUACCAAGCCGGCGCCUCCUAUGUAGCUUCUUUUCUGCUAAAGAAAGGGAACGAAAUGAAAACUGAAGCUAAAAUGCAGAGAUGCUGGAAAAGCCCCAUGAGAGCACGCUUGCCCCCCAGUCUGUGAUUCCUGAUGUCCCACCAUGCUGCAGCACCCCCAGUGGCCCCAUGGAGCCAUGUUGCCUGGGGGCAUUAGGGUUUCCAAACCAGUCCCAGGAGCCCCAGCUGUCCCCAUAGCAGCAGUCUGGCCCAGGCUUCGUUCACCUCCAUGAGGUGGGAGCACCUGGAACCACUGGUCCCUUUCAGUGGCCCCAUCUAGUGCAACUCUACUGGGGUGGCACCCCUCUAACAGAGGCUUGGGAUCAAACUGCAUUGCAGUAGAGCCUGUAGGCUGAGUCCCACCUUCUAGUAAAGCACUUCAGGUAUUGCUUAAGCCCUCCCUAUGGAGGAAAGGACAUUUCCAGACCCUGUGAACUUUGUGAGCUUUGAGUGGGUGGUGGAUCCGGACUCAAAUGCCAUCAGAAUGUCUUGAGGUCCCCAUCUGCAUCACCAUGCGCUCGCUUGCUCUUUCCCCUCUUGCUGUAGGGUUGGUUAGAUGUGCAAACAUGAGUGUGUCUAUUGUGAAACUACGUGCUGUUUUUACAGCCCAUUUUGCGGGGGGAAAUGAAUCACUUGCCAAAACAACAUGUGUUUCAUAGAAGACCUUUCCCUUCUGUUUUUCUUUACUUCAACUUCUGUAUCAGCCUGUAGAAAGUCAGUCUGGAAGGAAGACACAUAAUGACUGUGCAAACCAUGCAAUGUAUUUAUAUGCAUACACAGUAUACCAUUGGUGUAUUUUUGCAACCAAUUUUAUUUUUUUUCUCAGUUAGAGAUAUUCAUUUGCAAUGUUUAUAUUUAAACAGUAUUCAAAUACGCUAGGAGAGCGACUCACUUAUUCUGUCUCUGGCUGCUGUUUACUGCAUUGCCUCAUGUAGACCCACAUACUGCAGUUCUUCCACUGCUCCCAGCCUGCUGCUGCCAGGUCAGGAGGUGAGGGGCACCCUGUGUUUGUGGUGUCUGUUGGUCCUGUAGCCUGUCUCUCCUUACUCUCUGGAGCCCGGACUGCCAUAUGUGCUGCAUCUGUGGUAUCUGGUACAACAAGGUCCAAAACAUCAGACCUGAGGCGCUGCCAUGGUCUCAAUGUUGAAUAAUAAAAAGAUUUGUAUUUGA